AUGGACACCGCAAGCUUUCCCACAGACUGUUAUCUUGAUGCUGUCGUGAGCUUUCUGAGCAUUAUCAACUAUAACGACACCAAUUACACACACCAGGAGAGGGUCCGUAACCUACACUAUGCUUACGCUAAGGCGGCGAAGCACUUUGCCCAGCCGACGCAGCAGCGUCUAAUCAAAGCCAGCCCAAGACGUCUCCAGGCAUCUCUUCAGACAAUUGUGGCUAUGGUAGUCUAUGCCUGGGUGCGCGUCGAUCCCGAGGUUAUGGCAGAUUUGAGCAUCCACUACACUUAUAUGCUAGUGCUUGAUGACAGCCAAGAUGACCCCGACGCAACUAUGCAGUCAUUCUACCAGGAUCUCCUUGCCGGGAAGCCUCAACGGCACCCUUGGUGGCAGAUGGUGAACGCGCAGUUCCCAACUGUGCUUAGCCAUUACGGUCCAUACUGUGGUUUAAACCUGGUCCGGAGCACGACCGACUGUAAGGAGCCUUGGAAUGCCCACAAUUCUCAUGUUCCUGCGCAGGAAGCUAAACGGUCCACAAUUUUCCAGGGUUGCUGGAUUGAGCAACAUAACUUCCAGGGCUUUCCGGGCUCAUACGACUUCCCCGGCUUUCUGCGUCGCAUGAACGGCCUCGGCCACUGCGUCGGGGCAUCCAUCUUUCCCAAAGCCCAAUUUGACGAAAAGGUGCUCUUUACUGAGAUUACGUCUGUCAUCUCUCAAAUGGAGAACUGGAUGGUGUUUGUGAACGACCUACUAUCAUUCUACAAAGAAUUCGAUGAGCCGCGUGACCAGACGUCACUCGUCAACAACUACGCCAAGUGUGACCGCAUCACGCUGGCCGAGGCGCUGAACAAGCUCACGCGCGACACAAUCCGCUGCUCGGAGCAGAUCGUCGAGGUCUUUGCCGACAAGGAUCCAAGCAUCGCUGACACCCUCCAGACUUUCUGCCAGGGCUAUGUCACCUGGCACCUGAGCGAUCCUCGCUACCGUCUCCGUGAACUCGUCACUAGCGCUGCUGGCGGUGAUACUGCCACGGCGAAGGAGUUCCGUCGGUACCAGGCUGCCGGUGACCUCGUUGGGGCUGUUGACCCCAAGGAGUGGGCUUACCCUCCUGUUGCUGACCUUGUUGAGGAUCAUAGCGUUGAGGAGGUAGUCCAAGUCGCGACACCACUAGUUCCGAAGACGUCUAUCAAUGCCAGCAACACUGUGGGUGCUGUAUCAAAGUGGGCAAAGAAGUUUUGGCCGCAGGAGUAUAUCUAG